AUGACUACUUUCACAGCCUCAUUGCAGGCACGCGUGGACUCGUUCCUCGCAGCGAAGCCAAAACCAUCGCGUCGCACAUCCGCACGCUCCAAGAAAGCACAGCAACAACAGACAUCCGCAUGGCCACUCUCAUCUCCCGACCCGUACAAUCUUGCAUUCGCUGGCUUUAUCUGGAAACCAACUUCGACCAGCCCCGAUAACGUGCAGUGCUUCUCCUGCGGAUGCCAGCUUGAUGGAUGGGAGGCUUCCGAUGUGCCUGCGUACGAACAUCUCACACAUUCACCCGAUUGCGGUUUCGCCAUGAAUAUCUGCAUACGAAUGCGAAAUGGGGAUCCAGAGCGUGCAGAGAAGGAUCCAAUUUGCGACGAGAUGUUGGUAGCGCGCAAGAAAACAUUUGGCGAGAUGUGGCCGCUGGAUGCGAAUGCAGGAUUUCCAAGUGUUGAUCAGAUGGUCUAUGCAGGAUGGUACUACGAUCCCAGUCCCGACCUUCUUGAUGGUGUUACCUGCGCAUAUUGCUCCCUUUCUCUUGACUCUUGGGACGCGGGUGACAAUCCGUUCGAAGAGCACCAGAGGCGAUCUCCAGAAUGUCUCUUCUUUCAAUUGAAAGAACUCUACCAUCCCACAGAGAGCCCCGUGUCGCCGCAAGUGGUCAUUAAGAAGACCAAAGGCAAGCGAGUAUCGAAUCGAUCCACGCGAUCAUCAUCUGCCUCGACGACGAGAGUGAAGAAGGCACCUGCUAAACCUAGAGCGGCCAAAGGCGCAGGGCGCGCAAAGAGGACCACCAAAGAUUCUGAACCCGCGGAGCUUGUAUCAGCGCUUGAGCCUGAGCUUGAACCUGAGUUUGUUGAGCCGACGCUCGAGCCCGAACAGCACAUUGAGCCUGAGCCUGAACCAGAACCAGAAGUGGAACCGGAGCCGGAGCCGGAGCCGGAGCCGGAGCCGGAACCUGAGGUGAUUGCCGUCCCAGAGCCUAAGAAGGUGACCAAGAAAGGACGUCCAGCAAAAGCGAAACGUGCAAGCGCUGUGUCUGUUCAAAGCAGUACCUCCACAAGACCGAAACGCGGAAAGAAACGGACGAGCGAGGACAUGGAACCGGAGCCCUCUAUAGCACCGGAAAGUCCUAAGCGCAUGCGAUUCAGCGACAUCUCCUCCAUCCGUCCAGAAUCUGUCUUCGAAUCCACUCCUAUGAAGGUAGCACACACGCCAGAACAGCGCACACCAGAGAGGAGAACGCCAGAGACUAGCCGCAACAACAAGCACUGGGAACCCAUCGACGUCGACGACUUCUUUAAGAACGACGCCUUCGACUUCAUCUCAGGCGUGCUCGUUGACGCAGGUCUCGACAAGGAGAACGUCGGAGCGAACGCAGUCGACGCGGUCAAUGCCGGCCUGACUAGCCCCGAGAAGAAGAUGACGGUCCAGCAAUGGGUCAUGUACAACGCGCAACGCGGGGAAGAGAAGCUGCGGGCCGAAUGCGAACGGCAGAUCGCCGCGUUCGAGGCUGAGGGCCAACGCGCCCUCGCCGCCAUCCGAGCGCUUUAG